ACUACUGUACCACGCCCAUCCACGUGGAGAAGAGAGGUCGCCAUGCCUGCAAAGAAAAAAAGAGACAAAAAGGAGAAAAAGAAGGAGAAAGAGGUGCUCCUCGAGCCAGAAGCGGCUGAAAUUAAAGAAACGAAUGAUUGGGACAGGAUCUCCCUUGCCACUACAGUACAUGUAGAAGAAGACUUUCCAAGAGGAGGGAAAGAGCUGAUCACUCCGUUGGAAAGGAGGAAAAUAAUCCAUCAGGCUGAACAUGACGAUAUAUUUGGAAAGAAGUCGGAUUUGUUGGAAAAGAAUGAAGCGGCCGCUAUGUUAUUGAGUGAUGAAGGGGUUAAAAAUAAGAAAAAGACGGAAAUAAAAGAACCAGUCAAAAAUAUUAAAGUUCCUGAUCGCCUGUAUCACAAGAAUUUAAAAGAGGGUUUGUUAAUUUUGUGUGCUAUUAAAGAAGUACAGCAGUAUCGCCUGCUGAUGUCACUACCAUUCAACAUGACUGGGUCUGUGAAUAUUGGAGAUGUAUCAGACCCCCUAAGCAGUUUGAUUAACACUGGAGGAGAGGGGGAGGAGUUUGAUGCAAAGAAAGUACCAGACCUAUCAAAGAUGUACCGUGUUGGACAGCUGCUGUCUUGUUAUGUCUUGAAAGUCAACGAUAGCGAGAAGCAAGUCCAGUUAUCAAUUAAUCCAAAAUUAAUUAAUAAUCAAUUGACUGCAAAGAACUUAAUACCAAAUAUGAUUGUGUCUGGGUGUGUCACUAGUAUUGAAGACCAUGGUUAUAUCAUUGAUUUUGGUGUCUCCGACAGAACUGAGUUUCUUCUUAAUAAGAACUCUGGUUCUGAGUCUCUUUAUAUCGGUCAAGUGGUCUCCACUCUCAUAUUACCAGGCCCCACGGCUCGUGCACUGCCACUCUCCAUUGCUCCUGAUAUCUUGUACUCCUCAAUUCUCUCUCAAUCUUCUUCAGCUGUCACACUUCCGUCUAUACUGCCCGGUCAGCUUCUCAACGUAUCUGUCAAACAAACCACGCCUACUUCUCUGAUAGUAUCAUUUCUCGGUGGUUUUGAAGGUUACGUUCAUUACCAGCACCUCCCUACUCCAGGUACUUCACUAACAGACUACGCCAUCAAUAAGAAACUAAAGGCUAGGGUACUCUGGCUUGAUACCAACAAUAAAAAGAUUGGUCUCACACUACAGAACGAGAUUAUAAAAGGAACCGGGUAUGACUUUUCAGGAAUGGAAAUUGGUUUGAUACUUCACGAGGCCAUUGUCACAAGAGUGGAAUCCAGGCAUGGCGUAAUACUAAAGUUACCUAAUGGCAGUUUUGCUUACUCGCCAGUUCGACUGAUGUACAGUGAGAGAACUGAUAAGAUAAGCAAGAAGCAUUGUGUGGGAUCAGUCCACUCUGUUAGAAUAGUACAGUACAAUUACAUUGAUGGAUUAGCUAUUGUGUCUAUGAAGGAGAAUACAUUAGAGGAGGAGUAUUUCACUAUUAACGAUGUCACCCCUGGUAGCAUAAUCAAGGGAAAUGUCACGAAAAUAUCGGACAAAGGAAUCUCUGUUAGUAUCAAUAACCGGCUUAAUGGGUUUUGCCCUCUCUCUCAGCUCUCUGACUCCGCCCACCUCAAGAAGACGCUAAAGAAAUUAUCCGAAGGUGCCGCCGUCAAGUGUCGCGUGUUGAAAGUCGACACUGACAAUAAUUUCAUUUUAUUAACGAAGAAGAAAAGUAUUGUGUCGUGUGACCUCCCUCCACUGACUGACGUGAGAACUGUUAAACCUGGCGAAGAAUACACUGGAGAGAUCAUUAAUAUAGUUGAUAAAGGGUUAAUAAUAAGGUUCUAUAAUAAUAUAACUGGGUUUCUGCCUAAUGUAGAACUCAGUUCAACAUCAACUCAAGUUAUAUUAUCACCGAGCCAGUUCUUCAAGAUAGGACAAGUACUCCAGACUCGUGUUCUCUCGGUCGAUAUUGAUAAUAACAAGGUUCGGUUGUCACUACGGAAACAGGCCCCACCUACAACUGAGUCUCAGGCCCAACCUGGUGAUCUGUUGGAGUGUGAGGUUACUGGUGUGGCUGGUAAUGGAGUCUCUCUAUUGUGUAAUGAUGAGCUGAUAUUUAUACCUACUCCUUGCCUGAGUGACUACGCUCCUCUUAAUGGCCACCUCCUGGCCUAUCAUGGCAGAAUGCUCUCUGAUAAAAGUGAUAGAAAUGAGAAGUACAUCAUUAGCAAUGUCCUUGUGCUCAGUGGAGCUACUUCUGUUUCACCAGCUGUCGGCUGUAUUAAGAAACUCAUCAUUGAUGAUCUUUUGAAAGAGAAAUAUCCAAAAACAUUUGAAGAAUUACACGUUGGUAUGGUUCUUGUUGGCGUUGUCAAGAGGAUCUAUUCUUAUGGGGUUUUCAUUGAGUUUCCUAAUGGUUUAGUCGGCUUAGCUCCUUUGAAGUAUUUAUCAGAUGAAUAUAUAACAGACACUAAUGGAGUGUAUGGUGAAAGACAGACCGUGUUUGCUAAAGUUCAUGAGUUGAAUGAAGUUAGGAAGAAUAUAACAAUCAGUUUGAAAUGUUCUGAUCUCAAGCUUUCUCUCACUCAUUCCCUUCCUCUUGUGCAGUCGAUAGUUUUGAAACAAUUUGCUAAUUUAUUGAAAGAGAAGGACCUCAUUUUCAGCAAUGGUGUUGUUUAUUAUAGACCUGGCACUUUAGUGAAAGGACAAAUUAAUAAUAUUUCAAAUUCUUUAUUUCACGUGACUCUUGAAUCCGGCCCAUCUGCCACUGGCUAUGUUUCUAUGGCGACCGGAGGAGGGGUGUGUCCUGGCGAUCAUGUGACAUGCUGCGUCAUUGACGUUGAUAUGGAAACAGGCAACUAUUGGGUGUCACUGAAUAGUAAAGUGAUGAAAGAGAGAGGGAAGGAAGAGGAGAAGCAGAAGAAGGGAAAGACAGCAAGUGGUGACAUUAAUUCUUAUUUUAAAUUGGAAGCUGGUCAUACUGUCACUGGUCAUAUUGAAUAUAUUAAUAAUUAUUAUUUAAUAUGUUCUGUAUCAACUCUCAACCAAUCAGUACUAGCAUAUGGACUGUUUGACUCAGGGCAAUGGGGAGUUAUACCCUACCAAUUGAAGCACCUUAAACCAGGCGCUAAAGUUAAUGGGACAGUACUACAGUCUUCUUCAUUAUUUAAUGGUAAAAUGUCUGGUCCUCCAAUCUUUCUCCUUGGAGAGAGUAACUCAUUAUCACAGAAGAUAGUUGCUCAGCAACUGAGUGUUACCAUUGGCGACAUUGUAGAUGCAAAGAUCAUUAAGAUAUCUGAUAGUCAGUUGAGUGUUUCCUUUGGCCCAUGGAAAGGAAGAAUCCAUUCAACACUUUUAGCAGAUGACAUGGAAAAGGGAUCUUAUCCGUUGAGUAAGUUUUCUGUUGGAGAUGUUAUGAAAGCAAAAAUAUUGAAAUAUAGAAAGAGAGCUGGGCAUUCAGUUAAGCCUGGAACUGUCCAUUUUGAAUUGACUACUAGAAAAAGUUUAUUUGAUGCUGAAAAAGCUAAGAUAGAAUCUUCAUUCACAACAGGGGACAAGAGGAUGGGCGUGGUCAGGGAGGUCACAAAAUCACGUCUACUAGUAGACAUUACACCAGAAGUGUCUGCAGUCAUUUGCCCACUGCUGGCUGGUAGCAAUGUCAAUGAGGAUGGGAAUUUAUUAAAAUUAACAAAAUGUUUUAAUGUUGGGGAAGUUGUUGAAUGUACUGUAGGAGACUGUAUUGAGAAAGGACAGUAUCAUGGCUCAUUAACAGGUAGUUUACCAGUGAUUAAUAUUGGUGACACUGUGUGUGGGCGUGUUACUGAUGUUCAGUACAGUGGGUUGGUCCUAUCAAUCAAUCAUUAUUUGAAUGGAAUAGUCUACCUCACUAACAUUAGCGAUUAUUAUGUACCACGCCCACUCCAGUACUUUAACAUUGGAGACAAACUCAGUUGUGUUGUAAUUGGUAAAACCUCAAAGCAGUUCAAUCUCUCACUUCGUAAAAGUCAUACUGGAAUUAACAUACCAACUCUACCAGCCCAACCUGAUGGCUCUGAGCCAGAUAAAGAAAUCAAUAAUAUCGCUGAUCUACAAGAAGUGGGUGUGGUCAGGGGCUACGUAUCAUCUGUUACCAAAUAUGGUAUAUUUGUGAAACUUGGUCCUGACGUCGUUGGUAGAGUUAUGCUCAAAAACCUCUCGGAUCAAUAUGUCCAGAAUUAUGAGUCUUGUGUCAAUGUAGGGGAUCUAGUUAGGGCUAAAGUAGUAGAGAUCAAUAACGGUCGGAUUGAGUUGUCUCUUAGACUCUCGGAUAUUGAUGAGUCAGCAGGUUUGAGGUACAAGAAGUUGAAGGAGUUGCAACGAAAGGGAAGGAAAAGAAGAAAAAAUAUGCCAUCGGAAUCGACUGAGGAGGAGGAAGAGGAGGAAGAAGAAGAAUUAGUGGAAAUGUCAGAAGGUGAAAGUGACACAAUGGAUCAACAAGAGAUUGAAGAGAAGGAGAGUGUGCUUGAAGAUACAAAGAGACUUAAGAAGAAAAGAAAGCUAGAAGAUAAAGAAGAGGAUAGCUGCAGCAUGACUCCAUUACCAGUGACUGGCGGUUGGGACUAUAACCCAUCCAACGACACCAUUGAAGAGAGAGAUGAUGAAGAUACUAAUGAAGUUAUUAGCAAAAAGAAGAGUAAGAGACAGAAGAAGGCCAUUAAGAAAGCAGAAGAGCUACAGCUUUAUAAAAGGGAGCAUUCAUUAAUGGACACUAGCAGGUUACCGCAAUCAGCUGAUGAUUUUGACCGGCUAUUAGUAGCUAAUCCAAACAGCUCUUCGCUGUGGUUACAGUACAUGGCAUUUUAUCUUCAUACAGCUGAAGUGGACAAAGCCAGAGCUACAGCCGAGAGAGGACUAGCAGCAAUAUCAUUUAGGGAAGAAGAUGAGAAGCUCAAUCUGUGGGUUGGGUUUCUAAAUCUUGAGAACAUGUACGGUGACAGUGAGUCGUUGGACCAAGUCUUUAAAAGAGCUUUGCAGCAAAAUGAUCAAUUUGAGAUUUAUACCAGAUUGAUUGACAUAUAUGUCACCUCAAAUAAGCCAGAAUAUGCUGAUCAGUUGUAUCAGAUCAUGUGUAAGAAGUUCAGCAGUAAUAUACAAGUCUGGUCUCAAUAUGGCCGCUUCCUAAUGGAGCAAGGCAAAGCUGAUCUUGCGCGUAAAAUAUUACAAAGAAGUUUCAAGUCUCUCACAAAGAAACAACAUGUUGAUAUUACUAAGCAGUUUGCUCAGUUUGAGUUCAAAUAUGGCGAGAUGGAGAGAGGAUGUACACUGUUUGAGAACCUGGUCUCAUCCUAUCCUCGUAAGGUUGAUAUCUGGUCUGUUUAUAUUGACAUGUUAACAAAGAAAGGAGAAAUGGAUAGAGUGAGGGAUGUGUUUGAACGUGCUGUUAGUUUGAAACUUUCUUCGGUAAAGAAACAGUUUUUAUACAAGCGCUACAUUGAGUUUGAGAGAAAGCAUGGGACACAAUCUCUAGUGGAGACUGUACAAGCUAAAUCACAAGCACUUUUGUAAAAAUAAUUCUAUAAUAACAUUCCCUUAUUAAUUAAAUGGGCGUGCUCUAA